UGAGAAAUCUAGAUCUGUCGCGAAGAUCGCACUGCAUCGUCUCCCAUCGUUAUCCCAAUGACCAUCUCACAUGCUGUUUCAUGACAGCUGCCGCUGACAUGCCCGGCGUGAACGGAGAGGAAACCGCGCCGGCGACGGCCAAUGGCGAUAUGACAGCCCAAGGACAGAAGCGCCAGCGCGCAAAGCAAGCGUGUGAGCCGUGUCGACUUCGCAAGCGACGAUGCGACGGCAAUAUGCCAUGUAAUAUGUGCACCCAGUUCGAAUACAAGUGCUAUUUCGAGAAGCACCCGCGGAAACGUAGCAAGCUUGUCGAGCAGCAUGCCAUUGCCGAUGCCCAAAUGAACCGAGAGGAAAAUGACCACAUCGAGAACGAGCUGCCAAGCAUGGAAGAUCUAUCCAAGAUGAGAGCGCUCGAAGCCAACUCGGGCAUUGCCUUUACUCGCCUCCUCGGAAUGCGACUUGACCCGUCUAGUGGACCUAAGCUGUUCACCUUUGGCUGGAAUCUUGGGAGUAGUCAAUAUGUCCGCCCUGCGGUAGCCCCAAUCACCGAUUUUCUGAACCGACAUCAGAUGGAACAGCUUGCGAAGCUGUACUUUACUAACGUGCAUCCCAUAUACGGCUUCUUGAACAAGAGUCGUGUCAACGCUGGUAUAGGCGCACGAUGGACCAAUCCCGGGGAGUGCGACGUCCCCGACCACAUUCUAUGCGGCAUUGCGGCGCUAGGCAUCUUGUACUCAGACAACAAUCCUUUGGUGCAGCUGCUGCCCCGCCUAGUGGAUGUUCAGAAGACAGCACUCGAAAGUACAAGUACCAUGGUGCCUCCUACACUGACCGACGUACAGUCCUGGAUUCUUCGAUGUCUAGUGUUACGAACUACCGACCACCCGCAUGCAACGUGGAUGGCAACAUGUACCACGAUGCAUCUGGUCGAAUCAAUAGGGCUGCAACUGGAAGCCAGCAGCUCAGUCUUGCACCCUGCAACGAACGACUCUGCAGAUCCUGAGCUCAGACGCCGCUCUUUCUGGGUGGCGCGCAUGCUAAACUCCUGGGUGAGUUUCGAAUAUGGCCGAACGCGAGUGGCCUUGCAUGGCAUCACGGCAAGAUUACCUUCUUGUGUCGAGGGUGAUUACACCAAGGAUUACAUCGAAUUGUACAGCAUAUCUUGUUUCCUCGAGCCUGAGCAAGGCGAGAAGGCGGGCCAGUGGGAGGAAUUCCUGACACAGCUGGAUGCAUAUGAACCGAAACAUGACGGCAUUGCACUGUCGAAGGCGAAUCUAGGCCUUUGUGGAUACAGAAGGCUACGGCUCGCAAACCCCAAUCUCUCUCCUGAUGUUGUCAAGACAAUUCUUAAUAUUGGCUUGAACGGAUUGCAGGCUGCGAGGAGGAUGGCAGAGAAAGGGAUGCCCUGGUGGCAUGUCGCGAACGUUCCGUUCCAAGUCAUCUGCGUAUUCCUCGCCAUGGACGGCAAAGAAUCGCUAUCCCACUUGUCUACCGCCAUGCGAACGCUCGAGUACGUCGUUGAUCGUUUCAAGACCGGGGCGAUGAAAGACUCUCUGAAGACCGCCCGCUUCCUUGUGCGCCUUUCCAAGAAGCGCAAGGAUGAGGACUCGCAAGUACUCGCAAUGAGCAUACAACGCGCGCGGUCUGAAGAUCCCCAGCCCGAGCACCUGAAAGCACUGCAGACACAGCAUGUGCACACGAAUGGGACUACGGCGCAGCCAGUCGAAGAAAACCACCCGACUGCAGCGAGUAGCGAGGACUGGAACUUGGACGCUCUCAAUGAUUCGCAAUUUGACUGGAAUUAUUUCUUGACGCACGACAUGCCCGCUUUCAAUACUUUUGCUCCCGACGGAAUCAUGUGAGCUGCACUUUUACAUUGUUACUUAGCUAGGUUCCUCAAGUGAUCAAACUCGAAGGCACCGGAACGAAUGGGCAGAUACAAGGAUCGCUUUCACUUACUUGAGUGUGCAACAUGCACUUGGAGUGAAGCAGGAGAAGCAGAGUCAUGCAGCCGAACAACGCAACAGGCAGAGGACCCCAAAAAGCGCUCGCAUAAUUGGUCAGUUGUUUAAGGAAGGAUGGAAAGGCUUGUUAUGGGGUACGUCGGUCUGCGCAGCCGGGUGUAGCAAUUUUCCAGCAACGAGCAAUGGCUCCGGUUGUCUUGCCCUCGGCCUGCCGCCUCUGAAUCAUCACACUGCCAGCCUGAGGUCACGCGUCCGGGAAAGGCGAGUGCGGAUGCCAUGCCUCCUUCCUUGCCCGAGCAGGCGUAACGCGCAGGGGGCACACGACGUUCCUUGUGAGCGUGAAGGAUAAUGCUGUGUGAGUAAUUGCAACGCUUGGUCAACGAGAAAAGCAAUGGGCACCUAACCUAGUGGACGGACAGCGACAAUUCGUCUUCAAGGGCUUUCUGUAAUCCCGAGUGCAAGGAGCUGGUAAUACCGUUAUGGUACUUCUGAUACCUCCACAGUGAGUGGACCAGUUCGAGCUAGCCCCGAUGAAGAUGGUUUGCAGAGAAUCAAUGGCUCACUUUGCAUCUGCAUGACCCUCAGCCCAAGCAUGCCAGCUAAGACUUCAUGUAGCAGUUGAAGGCUACGCAAAGGUGCCCCCGUCACUUGCGAUUCUGGGCUUCAGUCCAGCUACGACUCUGCCGAAACUAAAGCUCGCCUGGAGUAAAUCAACACGGUAUCAGCAGUAGCGGCGCAUCACUCAAACUUGGCUUCAUCAUGAGAAACUUGUUUUACUGGGCUGGGAUUUGGUACUCUCGAUCUAGAGUCACAUUUCUUAAUCUUACCCCGGCGCAACAGGUCCAUAGUCGACAAGUCUGAACGCAAAGAGGUUAGGGCAGUAGUAAUCGCACGACUCCGCCAAAGGUCAUGAAUCAUGCAGCAUCAAGGCUUUCCGCCGUCCUUGCUCAGUUCCUCCUGCGGUCCCUUGCCCUUGUCGCCCCCGAAUAUGCUGCGAGGCAAUGGCAUGUUCGAAGCACCCUCGCGAGAGGAGGGACGCUCGAUUUGACUCGAGUUUCCGGUGCCGGAACUGGCCCUGGCCUCACCCUCCACAGGCGCC